AACUGUCUGAGAAAAGCCAUUUUGUUGUGCUAGCUAGCUAUGUGCUAAAGAAAGCCACCAAAACAUGGGUCUGCUGUAUCAACGCUAAAUAUGUCGCUGUUAUGUUUUUGUUUGCUGUCGCAAAACACAAUAAUUGAACCCUUUAAAAUCUGUAAGUAGUCGAGACUGGCAUGGACUAGCCUGUGAAGCUAAAGUGUUGUGGAGAGGACGAAAACUGGUAGCUAAAGUGUGCUGCAGUUUCAAAUAACACACUGUUAGCUUGUUUAUUUAGCUGGCCGUAGUUAUGUUUUCUGAUUAAUUAACCUUACGUUAGUCAGUGUUUGUUUGUGAAUGUGUUUGAAAUAGACUGCGACUGUCUGAGCUGUCAACCAAAGACAACUGAAUCAACGAAGAGGCUGUGUCGGUGACAAUAAAUAAACCGGCGACUGAACAAUCCAGCAGUAACUUAGCAAAAACACUUGGACCAUACAGCGUUAAGCCAAAGCGCUAAUCUGAUAAUGGCAGAGGACACCCGACAGGACAAGAGAGCCAGCUUCUCUGCUAUAACGGAGCACAACACCAACGGGAUGGCCAGGACCUCUGCCGUGGCCUCAGGCAAAAGUGGCGCUUCAAAGAAGUUAGUGAUCAAAAAUUUCAAAGACAGGCCAAAACUAGCAGAGAACUACACUGAGGACACAUGGCUGAAACUACGAGAUGCAGUGGGCGCCAUUCAGAACAGCACCUCUAUCAAGUACAACCUGGAGGAGCUCUAUCAGGCGGUGGAGAACCUGUGUUCGUAUAAAGUCUCCCCAACGUUGUACAAGCAACUACGACAGGUCUGUGAAGAUCACGUGCAGGCCCAGAUCCACCAGUUUAGAGAAGAGUCUUUGGACAAUCUUUCUUUCCUGAAGCGAAUGAAUCGCUGUUGGCAGGACCACUGCAGGCAAACUAUAAUGAUCCGAAGUAUCUUUCUCUUCCUCGAUCGUACCUACGUGCUUCAGAACUCACUGCUCCCCUCCAUCUGGGACACUGGGUUGGAGCUGUUUCGUACCCACAUUGUGAGUGACAGUGCGGUUCAGAAGCGCACAGUCGACGGCAUUUUGGAGCAGAUAGAGCUGGAGAGGAACGGGGAGACAGUUGAUCGUAGUCUGCUCAGGAGCUUACUGGGCAUGCUCUCAGACCUGCAGGUUUACAAAGAUUCCUUCGAGGAGAGAUUUUUGACUGAGACCAAUCGUCUGUAUGCAGCGGAGGGACAGCGACUCAUGCAGGAGAGAGAUGUGCCUGAGUAUCUGCACCAUGUGGCUCGUCGGUUAGAGGAGGAGAAUGAUCGUAUCGUGAGCUACCUCGACCAGAGCACUCAGAAACCACUUAUUAGCUGCGUUGAGAAACAACUUUUAGGAGAACAUAUGACUGCAAUACUACAAAAGGGUCUUAGCACUCUCCUGGAUGAGAACCGUGUGACUGAGCUAGCCCUCCUCUACCAGCUCUUCAGCAAGGUGAAGGGAGGACUUCUCACACUGCUGCAGUUCUGGAGGGAUUACAUCAAGUCCUUUGGUGGAGAGAUUGUAUGUACUCCGGAGAAAGACAAGGACAUGGUGCAGGAGCUACUGGACUUUAAGGACAAGAUGGACAAUGUGGCACAGAGCUGCUUUACCCGGAACGAGGGAUUCAUCAACGCCAUGAAGGAGGCCUUUGAGACCUUUAUCAACAAGAGGCCCAACAAACCCGCUGAACUCAUUGCUAAAUAUGUGGAUUCUAAGUUAAGAGCAGGGAACAAGGAGGCUACAGAGGAGGAGCUGGAGAGAAUCCUGGACAAGAUAAUGAUAAUCUUCCGUUUUAUACACGGAAAAGAUGUGUUUGAAGCUUUCUACAAGAAGGACUUGGCCAAGCGUCUGCUGGUUGGAAAGAGUGCUUCAGUUGAUGCUGAGAAGUCCAUGCUCUCCAAGCUCAAACACGAAUGCGGAGCAGCAUUUACCAGUAAGCUUGAGGGGAUGUUCAAAGACAUGGAGCUGUCUAAAGACAUCAUGAUCCAGUUCAAACAGUAUAUGCAGAACCAGAGUGAGCCCAGCAACAUAGAACUUACUGUUAACAUCCUCACUAUGGGCUACUGGCCUUCAUACACACCCAUGGAGGUCCACCUGCCCCCAGAGAUGGUAAAACUCCAGGAGGUGUUCAAGCUGUUCUACCUGGGGAAGCACAGUGGGAGGAAGCUGCAGUGGCAGCCAACACUGGGCCACGCUGUACUAAAGGCAGAGUUUAAAGAGGGUAAGAAGGAGCUGCAGGUCUCCCUGUUCCAGACCCUGGUGCUGCUGAUGUUUAAUGAGGGAGAGGAAUUCAGCGUGGAAGAGAUUCGCGCUGCCACCGGCAUAGAGGAGGGAGAGCUCAGGCGUACGCUGCAGUCUCUGGCCUGCGGAAAAGCACGGGUCCUCAACAAGAACCCUCGAGGGAAAGAUGUGGAGGAUGGAGACCGUUUCAAUUUCAACAACGAUUUCAAACACAAACUGUUCCGCAUCAAGAUCAACCAGAUUCAAAUGAAGGAAACGGUAGAGGAGCAGGUGAGCACCACAGAGCGCGUGUUUCAAGACAGGCAGUAUCAGAUUGAUGCAGCUGUGGUGCGCAUCAUGAAAAUGAGGAAGACCCUCAGUCACAACCUACUGGUAUCAGAGCUCUACAACCAGCUAAAGUUCCCAGUCAAGCCGGGCGAUCUGAAGAAGCGCAUCGAGUCGCUCAUAGACAGAGACUACAUGGAACGUGACAAGGAGACUCCAAAUCAGUACCACUAUGUUGCCUGAGGGGGUUACCACUGUCACCGCUAUGCUUUUCUCACAGCAAGCAAAUGGCUGCACCCCACCCCCCUCCCCCCCUCCAAAAAAAAAAAACAAAAAACAGCAUUGCAGCCCUUCAGCCACCCGACUCUCCUCUGGUGCCCACCUUUCCCCUCAUCCACAGUCCUGGACACAGCAUCCAGAUCACACAGAGCUCCAGAGAGACGAGAGAGACUUGGCUGUACCGUUACCCCACUCUGCAAUAUCUUUAGUGGGACUCUGAAAUAGGGCUGGAGGAGUGGCCCGGGUUGUUGAUGGUUGGUUUAUGUGACUUACAGAUCUGCUAAUGCAAAACUCAACUGAAAAAUAACUAGCACUUUCCUGUUUUUGUUUUUGUUUGGGAUUGGGAUUUUUUUUUUUCCUCCAUCACGUCGUUCUAAAAAUCACUUAUUUUCUACUAUAGUUGGUUUGUCUUGAGUUUUAAGAUUUUUUUGUUUUGUUUUUAUUUUUUUUUUUUUUUUGUUCAAGGUGUUCUCUUUAUAAUGGCUGCAUAAACUGCUGAGUGUGUGAACCUGAUUGGUUGGUCGCUUGGUUUGGCAGAGAAACAGCUGCUGAGGACAAAGAGAAGAGACUCUGGGAUGGAUGAAGUGGUCCAGAGGGGGCUGAUUCAGAUGUGUUUAGGGCCGGGGAGGUGGGGUGGGGUUGUUGCGUGUAACAUGGACGCUAAUCGAAACGCAGGCAAGCCACUUGGGUAUGUCUUUGGGUUAUCUUGUAUGUUUUGACCAAAAUGUCCAAAUGUCCAAUGUCAUGUGCUGACGUUUUUGUAGAUCAGAUUGUAUUCUAUGUACGAGUGAGAAAAGUGAACCUGAAUAAAUGGAUAUUUAAUGA